UCAUAGACAACAAUUCUUCAUCGACUUCUUUGGUUUAUAGCCACGAGGUUUUUAGAAAUAUUUCAAUUUAUUAGUGAAAUAUAAACAAAUACUACAUUUUCUUUGGAUAAAAUGCCACCCAGUAACCCUUUACCACCCAAAGAAAAUGCCCUUUUUAAAAGAAUUUUGCGGUGUUACGAACAUAAACAGUACAAAAAUGGGUUGAAAUUCGCUAAGCAGAUAUUAUCGAACCCUAAAUUUGCAGAACAUGGGGAAACAUUGGCUAUGAAAGGCUUAACUCUAAAUUGUCUUGGACGUAAGGAUGAGGCAUAUGAGUAUGUUAGGAAAGGGCUUCGUAAUGAUCUGAAAUCCCCAGUGUGCUGGCACGUGUAUGGGCUCCUUCAGCGUUCCGACAAGAAGUAUGAUGAAGCAAUAAAAUGUUACCGCAAUGCCCUAAAGUGGGAAAAGGAGAACAUUCAAAUCCUUCGGGAUCUCUCUCUUCUGCAAAUCCAGAUGAGGGAUUUGGAAGGAUACAAGGAUACCCGAUACCAGCUCUUCAUGCUCCGACCGACACAAAGAGCAUCCUGGAUAGGUUUCGCCAUGAGCUAUCAUCUCCUUGGUGACUAUGAAAUGGCCAACAGCAUUCUAGACGCUUUCCGUACAAACCAAAUGAAAGGCCCUUAUGACUAUGAGCAUUCGGAACUGCUGCUUUACCAGAACAUGGUGUUAGCGGAGUCAGGCCAGUAUGAAAGAGCGUUGCAGCAUCUUCACAAGUUCCAAAGCCAAAUUUUGGAUUUGUUGUCCGUGAAGGAAACCUCUGGUGAAUAUUUAUUGAAAUUAAAGAGGUUCAAAGAAGCAGAGUCUGUCUAUGAGGACCUGUUGAAGAGGAAUCCAGAAAAUGUGAUGUACUAUCACAAACUAAUAGAAGCAAAGCAGCUCAGUGAGCCUGAUGAAAAAGUGGCCUUCUUCAAUGUAUAUAAGAAAGAGUACCCCAAAGCGAUAGCGCCGCGCCGCUUGCAGCUGACGGAGGCGGGGCCGGAGGCAUUCGGCCGUCUGGUGGACGACUACCUCCGACAUGGACUGCAUAAAGGCAUCCCGCCUCUGUUCGUGGAUCUCAGAUCGUUAUAUGCAGACCAAAGCAAAGCAGAUACGAUAGAAAAGUUAAUUUUACAAUACAUAGAGAAUUUAUCAAAGACUGGUAAAUUUAGUGCGGAACCGGACGAGGUGGUCCAACCGGCUAGCGCUUUAUUGUGGUCGUAUUAUUAUGCGGCGCAACACUUCGACUAUAAGGAGGACACCGACAGAGCGUUGCUAUAUAUCGACGCGGCUAUAGAACACACCCCGACCUUGAUCGAACUGUUUAUCGUUAAAGGGAGGAUAUAUAAGCACGCGGGCGACCCGAUCUCGGCGUAUCGGUGGCUGGAGGAGGCGCAGGCGCUGGACACCGCCGACCGCUACGUCAACAGCAAGUGUGCGCGCUACAUGCUGCGCGCGGGGCACGUCGCCGGCGCCGAGGCCAUGUGCGCUAAGUUCACCAGGGAGGGAGUGCCGGCCACGGAGAACCUGAACGAGAUGCAGUGCAUGUGGUUCCAGACGGAAGCGGCGCUCGCGUACCAGCGCGCGCAGCAGUGGGGCGAAGCGCUCAAAAAGGCCCACGAAGUUGAUAGACACUUCUCAGAAAUAAUGGAGGACCAGUUCGACUUCCAUUCAUAUUGUAUGCGCAAAAUGACUCUUCGAUCGUACGUCGGCCUCCUAAGAUUAGAAGACGUUCUCCGCUCACAUCCGUUCUACUUCCGCUGCGCAAGAGUCGCGGUGCAGGUGUAUCUGAGGCUAUACGCGUGUCCGCUGCAGCCUGUACAAACCGUCACUACCACAGACACAGAAAACUUGGCGCCCUCAGAACUGAAGAAACUUAGGAAUAAACAGAGGAAAGCGAAGCGCAAAGCGGAACAAGAGAGUGCGCUAGCGGCUCAAGUACAGGUGAAACGCGAGCAGCAUCAUAAGGCGCGACAACAGCAAGAACAGGGCGACCCUGAAGCGCCACAGCUAGACGAGCUUAUCCCAGACAAGCUUGCCAGGGUAGAGGAUCCAUUAGAACAAGCAAUCAAGUUCCUAUUGCCGCUUCGGACGCUGGCGGCCGACAGGAUAGACACACACUUAAUGGCCUUUGAAAUAUACUAUAGGAAAGAAAAACCCCUGCUAAUGCUGCAAAGUCUGAAGCGGGCGUGGCGUCUCAACAGUUCCCACCAUCACCUGCACGAUUGCCUGCUGCGGUUCCACGGGUUCCUGGAGUCCGGAGCCGAGCUCAACCCUCACGUGCUCACUGUACUACACAAGGAGUCCCAGCCGAUGUUCCUCGGUCGCAGCGCGGUGCAGAUGGCGGAGGAGUACCUCAUGGAGACGGGCCAGCAGUCGCAGGAGAGCGCGCUGUGGGGCGCGCGCGCGCUGCGCCGGCUGCGGCCGGAGCGCACGCCGCGCGCGCGCGCGCACGCGCUCGCGCUGCAUCGCCCGCGCACCACGCUGCAGGGUUGCGUGGAAGUCCUAGAGAGCUUACGGGCGGGUGACUUCGGUCCGUGCGAGAAAGAGAUAGAAGAUUACAUCGAGGCCUGCCGUCGCAAGUACCCCUACGCGAUCGCCUUCAAACCCCCCGCCCCCGAGAACGACAACCACGAGGAGGAACCUUUGAAGGAAAAUAACUAAGGUUUUUUAAGACUCCGGGUAUGUCCUUAAUGUCAGUUUUUAGGCCUAAUUUGACACUUGAAUAAUAAGGCUAAUUCGUGACGUCAUAUAGAUACAGUCAACAAUAUAAUUAGGUAUCCAGGUCGCUAUCUUUAUUUAUUUAUUGAUACUGUACCUCUACCAUGAUUAUACAGUGACCGGACUCGCUAGCGUCUGCGUUAAAAAUAUCUAUGAAUAAAUGUACAGCUCCUCUAGUGUUCCUAUAUUGUUUACAAUAAUCUACACUAAUAUGAUAAAGAAGAAGUGUUUGUAUGUUUGGAGUAAUCUUCAGAACUAUUAUAUUGUUUCACCUAAUUAUUCCUGAGUGAUAUAAAGUUUUUUAUUUUCCGAUAUUCCAACGAGAGUGAAGCACGAAACGCAGAUAAAACUUGAUAGGAAGUGACCAUACAGUUACUGCUUUCCUUACGAAAAUUUUUACACCGAGAAAAGAAAACAGAUUCCAACGAGUGUAGAUAAAGGCCCAAGAUGUAGUCGAGGGUUUUAAACGCACCUGUUGAUAAUUGUACUUCUGUAGUUUGGUACUCUUCGUGCACCUGCCUACAAGCAUAAUAAAAUGAUUAAAACAAAAAUUGAAUAUAAAUAUAUUUGUGCCACACGGAUACCUAAUUGUGUUUAGCUAUACAUUGUCAGUUUCCAGUACUUCAUGUAAAACUCUUUUCGUGAAAAAAAAAUUGUAAGACUCGUCUGACGUUUUAAUCCAAAUGUGUUAAUUUAAAAAAAAUCGUGACAUUGUCAAUAUUUUAUUAAUUUUUACUACUUUUUUUUUUAAAGUACUUACAAAGUAAUACUGGCUGGGUGAGGGAUCGCGUGACUAGGACAUGCCCGGAUUGGUUUACUAAGAACACCGUAAACUACUGGAGGGUUUACUCGCAAUAAAUAGGACAUAAUAGCUAAACAAAUAAAUUUGGAAUAAGAAAAACGGGACAAAGAACACCCUACACUUUUUUUUUGUUUUUAAAUCUAGAUAAAUCUGGUUUGAUUUGCCAAUUUGGUUCGAAAUGUUACGAACGAAUACUAUCAUUCAAAAUUUUCGAGCAAAAUGUAUAUUGUCAGUACGCUGACUAGUCUUAAUAAUGAAAUUUUCGUUUCGUUUGCAAUUUCAUAUCCACUUCGAAAAAUUAACAAUGUUUUUAUUUCGUUAAAAAUAAUAAUGGCGUACAAGUGCACUGUCUCUCAGGUAAAUCUAUGUUUGUGUAUUUUUUUGUGUUGCCGAGGGUGUACUAAUAUUAUAAUAAUAAUUAUAAUAGCAUUAUCUCUCUUUUCGGAGCGAAUUACAUUCUUGGCUGUGACGCCCCGAAUGCGGAGUCCGGUUAUUAAAAUUAGAGGAGACACCUUAAAGUAUAUAAGAUUUAUGACCGGCCGUCCGCUUGACUUUAAUCAGAUAUAUUUAGCAAUCUGAUAAGUUUGCUAUCUAUGUGAAGCCUUGUAUGUAUUCUAAAAAUCUCAAAAAAUAAUCAAAAUUUAUUAAAAAAUAUUGUACUCCCCGGUAAACGAAACAUUAACUGUAAACCAAAUUUGUUUAGGUGUUUACAUACAAUUACAUAAUCGUGACAUGUCUGGUUAUUGAUACAAAUUUGAACUUUAUAAUUAAAAAUUCUUACUCAUUACCAAUUUGUUUAUUACAUAUACUUGCAUGCACAGCGCCCACGUUUCAAGCGUGUGUUUGAAUAAAAUAUUGUUUACCAUUCUUAUUUAAGUACUUACCUAAACAAAUCUGUAUAGGUAUUUUAAUGUCAGAUUUAAGUGGAGAGAAAUUUUGCCAAUAAUAUUUACGGUUCAUAAAUUUUGUUUCUUUUUAUUUUAACCAUUGAAUAAUGCUUUUUUUUCAUAGUAUUUUCAGAGUAAUGCAAUUCACAUUCUAUUGCUCUAUGCUUUUUUAUCAGAGAAAGUCAGUUUUCCUUUCGUGUAUGUAUUAUUACUAAUACGUGUACUUACUAUAUUUUAUGUAUACUUAAAACUUAACGUAAGUAUUACUUGAACAAAUGUGUAUUCAUUCAGCGUAUAACUCGUCGUUACAUUGUUUUACCAACGUUUUACGUGAUACGAUGUAAAAUCAAAUAGAUUUUUGUCAGAAAAAGAUUUAAGAAGAGAAAAUAAGCAAUUAAAAUAAGUUUUAAAAGAACUAUAUAAGAAGGUGUGGUAAAAUUUUUGUUUUUUUAAUUUAUGCGUCACGAAAGACUGGAUUUGGUCGCAAUUUUUUUGUUUGUUAAAAUAUUGUUUUUUUUUAAAGGUCUCUCGAGCAAUAGUGUGUAUGACUGACUUUAAUUAUUAAAUGUCAAAAAUACUGUAAAAAAUGCAGUAGAUAUUUUUAUUUAGUAAGUAUUUGAUAAUACAUAGAAAAUUUAGUUUUCCUCUUGUGUGAAUGGUAGCCAAUUGUAAUAAAAUGUAUUUAAAUUCGAAGUAGGUGGACCAACGUAGCCUGAGCCACGUAUACCAAAUACUAUUGACUAGAAUAGACUGAAUCGCCUGAGACAACAAAUACAUAGCAAUAUCAUGUUCCUCGAUUUAGUUUUAAGUUAAAUAUUACCGAUCUGAAGUUAUUAAAAUAAUACGCUGAAAUGUACACAAUUGUAUACCUUUAUUCAAUGCACCUAAAAUGAACAUUUUGAACAAACCUGCUCGGAAUUAUACGACAGGAGUGUUUUAUUCAAUAUUUUAUUUAACACUUGGCGUUUGUGUUCAUCAUUACAUAUUCGGCCUUAUUUUAGCGCUCGGCUUUGUCUUGCGUGAAAAUCCCGCCUGGUAUGUAAUAACCAACUUUUGCACGCUUGUGUCAUAAUGUAAUAUUUGUUACGUUAAGUUAAUGAUACAUUUGUUACGUUUAAUUCCGUAAUCUACAAAAUUACUAAAGCGGCUAAAAUUGACAUAUUUUAAAUUGAUAUUUAUUUGCCUUUUUAUUUUGUUUGGUAGUAUAUUGUCUACAUAAAUGUAGGUAUUAAUUUUGUAUUGAUCAAGGCAUACCCUUUCGACCGUUAUUUUAAUUUUUGAUUAAAGUCAUUGCGUCCCAUUUUUAUUUGGAUGUAAAAAUUAAUUAGUUAUUGUGAUCGUAUCAGUAAAUAUAUCGUAGCCGAAGUAUCUAGUCUACGCUGUCUUGUAAUGACAAUUCAACUAAUAUUUAUACAUCCUUAAAUUCAUACUUUAGUGUACAUUGUUUCAACAUUUAAUAUAAGCGUUUUGUAAUCUCUCUUGAAUUUUCUGUAAGGGCUCGGGCACAGUGGUGACGUGGCCACUAACAAGUUCAUGUGACUGGAUAUUUUUUUCUUUACGCGUUUUGUUUUUGAAUGUCUCAUCCGUGUCAGCACUGUGACCGAGUACAGCUCAACAUAUGGGCUCACAAGUGUUCAUCGUUGUUCGACUUACGUCAUAUUUUAAAAGUUUGUAACGUUCAGUACGUUUUAAUAUCGCGUCAACAUGUGUGGCACAUGUCGUUUCCUCACUUGACACUGCCUACACGAGUACGCUCUGUAAAUAAUUCUUAUAUUUAAGUUUGUACUAUAACAAUAACGUUAGAAUUCUGAAGUCUCUGACUUGAAAUUCAUUGAAAUGACUGCAUGCCGCUAGUGUAGUUUAUGAUAGCGUGGACUUAUUGUAAUCGGGUUUUUUUAUGUUCUGUAGAUAUUCGUGGAGGCCAGACAAUAAUUGUGAAAUAGAAUACUCGCUUGUAAAAAAAGUCGGGCGGCGCGUGCGCUGGCCGCAGUAUGUCCACAGCCUUGUUUCCACUGAAACUAUGCUCAAAUUUUAUAUAAAUAUAAUAUCUCUCAUAUCGGAUUCGUUUUUCUUCAUGCUUAAUUUGGACUAAGAAUGUCGAAUUUGACAGCACUCAUGGAGAAAUCAAAAGCACUAUGGAAUAAUAAUUGAUUUUAUUUUGAUUUUUAAAAAUGAAAUAGAAGCAGAGUAAACUGCAUAGUUAUAACAUUGAUAUGAGAAUGGCCAGGUUUCUCCCAGACUAUAUUUAUUUAUAAUAUUUCAUUUACGAAAUGAACUGUACUACAUUUCAGUGGAAAUGAUAUUACCUAUGAGUUUAGCUUUGCCGCCACGCCAUAGUAGGUACAGUUUGAUCGAGUACCACCUUGUUAAUUUUAUUGUAUUCAAGUCGAGUGAUCGACAUAUUGUCCCUGUCAUCUUGUAAAUAAAGUAAUAAAUUUUAUUUUACAAAUUUAUUCA